AUGGCAACGAUUGACGAACAUAUAUGCUGUCAUACGGUGGCUGAUAUAACUGCUGGAUCUAACCAUGCUGGUAUAAAUGCUGGAGCUAAUCAUGCUGGUAUAAAUGCUGGAUCUAACCAUACUGGUAUAAAUGCUGGAUCUAACCAUGCUGGUAUAAAUGCUGGAUCUGACCAUGCUGGCCAAAUUAUUCAAUUAGGUGGAACAACACCAUAUGUUGAUAAUUUCCAAGCCGCAUUUAAUAACCAAAUUGGAGUUGAUGUUCCACCAAUUGAUAAUGAAAGACGUGGUGUCCCACCAACUGAUGAAGAUGGACUUAGUAUUUUAACAACCAAUGAAGGUAAAUUAUAG